UUGUAAUUUUGAAUCCAAAACAAAAUGUUCCUUGACCAACCCUCCAAUGAAAAAACCGAUUCAAUUCAAGAUAUUGCCAUAAAACUCCUCGAAGAACAAAUUCGAAUUCUCGAACUCGAUAAUGAUCCAAAGGAGAGAACAAUUUUUGUUCUUGGAAGCAGAGGAGUGGGAAAGUCCACUGCGAUAAAUAAGUUUUUUGAAAAAGAAGAAUCAGUUAGACCAACCCUCGCAUUGGAAUACUCCUAUGGCAAACGAACAAGUUCCUCGCAGGGAAUUCAAAAGCAAAUUGCUCACAUUUGGGAACUUGGUUCAUUGGAUAAUUCCGAGCAACUUAUUGACGUUCCAUUGCGAUCACAUGGAGCGAAUAAUUUCGCUGUAAUUCUUUUCGUGGAUUUAUCGCUGCCUAAAAGUUUAUGGAUUGAUUUGGAAAAUGCAUACAAGGGCUUAAAGAAUACUUACACUAAUUUGCUUAACGAAACUGAACUGAGAGUUCAUGUGGAAAAAUCUAGUGAGCGAGUGAUGGGCAAGGAACAUCCAGAUUUGGCAACAAUGGAUUUGUUUCCCUUUCCUCUGAUUAUUGUGGGUGGAAAAUAUGAUCUUUUUAUGGAUUUUGAUCCGGAAUUGAAGAAACACGUUUGCCGUUGUCUCCGCUCAAUGGCUCACGUUUUGGGGGCUAGUUUACUCUUCUACUCCAAUAAAAUGCCCAAAUUGUCAAAAACAUUAAGAGACACAAUGAGUCACUUGGGGUAUGGGAGUCCAACGCAACCUUUUCGUAUAUUCAACGUCGAUUACAAUGAACCACUGUCGGUAUGGUUUGGAUCAGAUAGCUGGGAUCGAAUUGGUUCGAAUCCAAUAUCAAUUGAACAAAUUGGAUGGAUAUAUUGUCAAGAAGUUCCACAAACUAAAAAGUCUACUGAUACUCUCAUAAAUGAUCCAGCAAAAGAUCCUGGAUUUCGUGAGAGUAUAAUUGACGAAAUGAGGGAGCAAAAAAAUCAAGAACUAGCAAUAAUGAUUAAAGAGAGUCAAAUGAGAGGGAAGUUCGAAACUAUCGAAAAUUGAACAAGCUUCAAUAAAAUGCAUUCUAUACA